UCCAUGGCGGCCGCGAAGAUCAUCUCCCAUGAAGACCCAAAGGAAUACUGGUCUCUCAAAGACUUCGACAUCGGCCGCCUCCUCGGAGAAGGGAAGUUUGGAAAAGUCUAUCUUGCUAGGGAGAAACAGAGUGGAUACGUGGUGGCUCUGAAGAUCAUAUUCAAGGAGAAAUUGGACAAGUAUCGGUACCAUAGCCACCUCCGCAGAGAGAUAGAGAUCCAGCAUAGCCUUUCCCACCCCAAUGUCCUUCGGCUCUUUGCUUGGUUUCACGAUGAAACCCGUAUUUUUCUUGUCCUUGAGUAUGCCGCCGGCCAUGAGCUCUACAAGCUUCUGAAGGAUCUCAAGUAUUUUUCUGAGCAGCGUGCUGCCACGUAUAUUGCGAGUCUUGCGAGGGCAUUGGCCUAUUGCCAUGAGAAGCAUGUCAUUCACAGGGAUAUCAAGCCAGAGAACCUGUUACUUGAUAUGGAGGGCCAUCUUAAGAUUGCAGAUUUUGGAUGGGCUGUUCAAUCAAGUUCAAAGAGGCGAACCAUGUGUGGCACCAUAGAUUACCUUGCACCUGAAAUGAUAGAAAACAAAGAACAUGACCAUGCUGUUGAUAACUGGACAUUAGGUGUUCUUUGCUAUGAGUUUCUUUAUGGUGUUCCGCCAUUUGAAGAGCAUGACCAAAAUGACACCUUCAGGAGGAUCAUGAAGGUAGAUCUGAACUUCCCUUCAACACCUCGUGUGUCUCCAGAAGCAAAGGAUUUGAUCACGAAACUUCUUGUAAAGGAUUCAUCCAAGCGACUCUCCUUGAAGAAGAUCUUGGAGCACCCCUGGAUUGUAAAAAAUGCAGAUUUGGAACAACAUGAUUCAAAGUGACUGACACAACACAACGUCAGUUACUCCUUUGUUGUCAGUGCUUCACAUGUUUUUGUUACAAGGAAUUUCAAACGCCACUUAAAAUGCUAUGAUCUGCUAAUGCUAGUUAUGCACAUAAGUUUGUAUGUUCAAUUCCUUCUAAUCAACAAUAUGAGGACUAAUUUUCCA